AUGAACGCAGCUCCACAAGGCGUUGAUCCAUCUCUCAUUCCCAUGUCGACAAACCCUAGCGGUGCCCCGUCGAACUUUAUCAAUCCGCCUUCUCUGAAGGACUCCCAAUUCGCUGGAGGGCUCACUCUGAUAAUCUUGAGCACUGUUUUCCUCAUCUUUCGAGCCUAUACGAACCUACGUCUGACUAGGCGAUUGUUCAUUGAUGACUACCUCUGCUUCUUAGCUCAUGCCGGGGGCAUUGUUUACUUUGCUUCCCAGAGAAAGAUGUGCGAAGCUGGCAUUGGCAGGCACUCCUGGGAUACGUCCGUUGCCAUGUUGACAGACCAAGUUAUGCAGAAUCAAAUUCUCAGUCAAAUGAUCAUCGCGCCAACUCUUUGGGCUGCGAAAUCUGCGAUCCUCGCUCUUUAUCUCCGCAUCUUUGGGAAGGUAAAGUGGCUCAGAAUCUCCUCCUACAUCUGGAUUUUCCUCAUGGCUAUCAUUUUUGGGCUCAAUAUUGUCAUCAGUGGCGUCUUUUGUGUCCCACGAUCUGGAGAGGCGUGGGCAGACGUCACGUUCAAGCGAUGUUCUGACUCCGCUUGGAUAAGUCUUAUCGUGGGAGUCUUUGCCGUGAUUGCGGAUCUGGUGAUACUUCUGCUACCUUUCCCGAUCAUCAUGCAUCUUCGACUGAGCACCUCGAAGAAGAUUCAUCUAGGGAUUGUAUUUUCUACUGGUGUCAUCCUCGUAGCAUUGAGUGUCGUAUCGCUCGCCCUGAGGGUCAUCAUUUACGAGGGGAAGGACCCUUUCUGGUACGGGAUCCUUCUUGGAAUUAUAUCAACCGCCGAAGUUUCGGGGACUGUCAUCGUCAGCUGCGCGCCAGCUGUGUCCGCAUACUGGUUCAAGAUCUUCACCAAAUCCACAGUCUUUUCUCUUCUACAGAAGAGUAUGAUUUGGACAUCUCCGAGCUCGACGUCAGUUGCCACUGAAUCUACACGCGGAAGACCCAGUACUUCUGGAUCAGCUGCCAAGCCAGCAAAGUCACAUGUUGUUGAGUUUUGA